AUGGUGCCCAAGUUGCGCUUCUACGUCCACCCACGACAAACUGCACCGAGACACUAUGCAUCUACGCAAGUUACCGUGCCUGCACACGUGACCGUACGGGACCUUUCGCGCUCGCGCAAGCUGCUUCCCUCGCCCGAAAUCAAAUGUUCGCAGAGGGGCUCGCCCGUGGGAGAUCAAGCCUGUUGGCUGUUCUGCUGCGGUCACCAUCGUCUUCCCCUUGCCGCGUGGCACGUCUGGCCUGGCAGAAAACGACGGCUGUUCCAGCGAGCGGCUGCUCCCCCUCGGCGGCCGCAAAUCAUCGCACCUUCGCACCCCGACAACGUCUGCCCUUCCUCGACAGACCGGCCAGCAAUCAUCUUCGUCCGUCACCGUCCCUCCGUGCCCCGGCCUCGCGCGAGGCAUCGUGCGCCGCCUCGCGACCGUCCAGUUGCCUCCGAUACGAGGACGCCAUGUCCCGGCCGGCCUGCGCCGGUGCCGCCCGAUCGCCGCCUCGGACGGCCUCGAGCGAGCCGAGACGGCCCCCCCGCCCAUGCCACCGACGAAGCGCACGCAUCUCGCCGAAUCUCCGCCUCGAGGCGUGCCGCCGUCGACGAGAGCGUGGGCGCCUCGCGGCACCGUGCUCUGCUUCCGGGCGUUCGGCGCGGGGCCGUCGGCAUCGCGUCGACAUCGUUUUCGCCGUCGCCGUCGCUUCGGCCGAGCGUCAAGAUCUAG